AUGAUUUCCGCAUCACCUGUUCCCGUGGGGUCCAGCGUCUUUUUUACUUUGGCCCUCCUUACGAUCUCCGUGCUAGUUCUGUUACUUCUGCGGCGCUUUCUCACUCUCCGCGCGACUCCGGCCUACCUUUCAAUCCCCGUCUUCCUUGCACUCGCGCUUCCGGCCAGUGUAGUUCUUCUGGUCCCCAUUGACCUAGCAUCAAGCUCACGCGAUGGCGGAGGCCCCACGGCUAUUUGGCUACCCGACCGCCUAAUUCUCGUCUCCUGGCGCAUUGCUUACUGGCUAAUCUUUGUGCUGACAUGGGCCAUCCUUCCUUUACUCGGAGAAUACAUUGAUUCGGGUUACCGUGAGCCGAAGGGUCGCAUUCAAUACUCCAUUCGUUCCAAUGCGCGGUAUCAACUGAUCGUGCUGUGCUGUGCAACGGUCGGAUUAAUCUACAUUUCGAUCCAGAAUGGCUUUGAAUUCACCUCGAUUAAGACGCUAGUGAUGGCUCUUGCAUAUGUUUGGGGUCUGGUUCUGGCCAUCUAUCUGAUGGGUCACGGACUUGUUUCCAUUCCCCGCACGCUCUUCCGUAACUCCAACGUCAGUGGUCGUCUGCGGAGGAUCCAAGCACAUGCUCCGAAGCUGCACGACCGUUUGAUGGACGCGAUCAAUGACCUGGAAAGCCUGGAAUCGCAAGUCGCCCAACUGCAGCGUCGCAAAACGGGCACCGCUCGCGAUUUUCAAGAGUGGAUUGAUGAAUUGGCAGAGACGUCGAACCCGCCCGAGCUGCGUUCGGGGCUCUUGGAACAGGCGGAUGGGCCCGGCACUAUCCCUGCCGUCAUUACUGAACGUUACCUUGCGGACUUGACCCGUCGUCUUCAGCGCGCUCGGCAUCAAAAGGCUCGCUUCGUCGACGAGUGGGAUCGCUUGGUCUUAUCCGCAGCAGACAUGCAGGCAAUUAUCAAUUCGUCGGCUUCUAAGAAGCUCGAGUUUAUUCACUCCCCCCAUCGAUCAUCUUGGCUCCCGAGCCUUAACUUUCUGAGUCCAUACAUGCGAUACCAUCUCUAUGUGCAUGUUAUUCCAAACGUGCGACUUGGACUAGGCGCGGUUUUCUCGGCGGCCUCCGUGUGCGUUGUCUGGUCGGAGUUGGUCAAGUCCUUGGCGCCUCGGCUAUCCGUCGUGACGCUUUCUGUGGUUUCCUACCACAAGGAACCGGCGCCGGUCGACUUUGGGCGCCAAUUGAUUGCCUCUGCUUGGCUGCUGUACAUGUGCUCGGCAGCAUUGGUGGGUGUCAACGACGCCAAAGUGUGGGGCAACCGUGCUUUGGUCCGCCGAAACACGUACGGGGAGAGUGCCUGUUGGUAUGCGGGGCUAGUGGCCAGACUGACCGUUCCCAUCGCAUACAACUUCUUGACCUUUUUGCCUGCGACCGUCCGGCAAAGCACCACUUUCUACAAGUUCUUGGGCCGGUUCAUUGACCUUACCCCGCUCGGAAAGGGCUUUGAUUACUUUUUCCCGGUCUUCAUUCUGGUUCCUAUCGGUGCCACCCUUUUCAACCUCUACGGUCGCGUCCAGAAUAUCUGCAGCUGGGGUCUUCUGGAAGAGGAUGAUGAUGACCUGGAGAAUAACCCCGGUGGCUACGGGCUAGGCGGAUGGCGAGAGGGACGUGAUCUUAUCGACCGGGAGCUCAACGGCCUCGGUUCUUUGGGACUCUCCCCUCGUGGCGGUCGGUCACCUCGCCCGUCCAGUCGCAUUGACGAUGACACGCCAGCCUUCUCCUCCUCCCGCACCGCACUCCUAGAGAAUUCUCGAACCCCUCGAGCCUCCAGGGGAACACCAGCCACCACUCCUUUAAUGGAGGAUGAGGAUGAAGAUAACUUUUUCCAGUCCUUUGCUCACCGAGUAAGAAACACUUUCGAGACCGCCAGCAAGCCCCAGUGGCUGCAGGGCGACUCCUUCCGUCUCCCCAGAUGGAUGGGCAGCGAAAGCAAUGAGGGCGAUAGCGGACUGGCGAGGUGGUUUGGUGGUCGACCAGCACCUGGCGGAGUCCGACUCUUUGCGCUUAUCCUGUAUACUCUGUAG